CAAACGCGGGCGGGCGGGCCGCCGGCCCUGCAGUUGCAGUAGUGCUCUCGGAGUUCCUGUCUCCCUCCCAGCGCCGCCCGGGAUGGCCUCCCAGAACCGCGACCCAGCUGCCGCCAGCGUCGCCGCCGCCCGCAAAGGAGCCGAGCCCAGCGGGGGCGCCGCCCGGGGCCCCGUGGGCAAGAGGCUACAGCAGGAGCUGAUGACCCUCAUGACGUCUGGUGACAAAGGCAUCUCUGCCUUCCCUGAAUCCGACAACCUUUUCAAAUGGGUGGGGACCAUCCAUGGGGCAGCAGGCACAGUGUAUGAAGACCUGAGGUAUAAGCUCUCCCUGGAGUUCCCCAGUGGCUACCCUUACAACGCGCCCACGGUGAAGUUCCUCACACCCUGCUACCACCCCAACGUGGACACCCAGGGGAACAUCUGCCUGGACAUCCUGAAGGACAAGUGGUCUGCCCUGUAUGAUGUCAGGACCAUCCUGCUGUCCAUCCAGAGCCUGCUAGGAGAACCAAACAUUGAUAGUCCUUUGAACACGCAUGCUGCCGAGCUCUGGAAAAACCCCACAGCCUUUAAGAAGUAUCUGCAAGAAACCUACUCAAAGCAGGUCUCCAGCCAAGAUCCCUAACCAUCCAGCCUCUCUCUUUGUGUUGUCUUUUUAUUUUCUCCUUAGAUAGUCUUUCUCUUCAUUUCUGUCCAGGACUCUGUAUCUUAAGCUGUGGUGUCAUUUUUGUUUUGUUUCUGUUUUUUAAAUUAAGUCUCCAGUUGAGCCCUUGUGAUGAAUAUAUUAAAUAAAUACAUUGGGUUUUUUUUUA